UAAAUAACUAAUUUAUGGCAAGUUCAUUAGAAUUCAAUCUUAAUUAGAUUUAAGUUGACUUUAUUCUAAAUAAGAUGCCAAAGGGAUAUUCUCUUUUGUAAUCUAAUCUCUUAAAAUCACGUGAAUAAAGAGUGGUAAUGUUUCCCUCCUUAUUAAUUUAAUAGCCUAAAAAAGUUAAUAAAUAUGAUGCAUCUUUUCAAAGUAACAAAUAAGAAGUUGUUGAAGAUAAAAGUAAAAGAUCUUAAAGAAUAAUUCCUGUUUAGAAAGAAUAAAUUAAGAAUCCAUAAGAUGAUAAUUGUAAAAAAGGAUUAUAACUUUUAUAAAAAUUCAAAUCCCAUCCAGCAUUUAGUGAGAUUAAUGCUUCUGCGUAUUUAAAUAUAGAUAAAAUUGAAGCUUCCUUCAAAUAGGAGGGUAUUACUUACUUGUAAAUUAAAAGGUAAUUUGAUGAAUCUAUGGAAUCAAAUUAGAAUUGCAUUACAAAAACUUACAUAAUCUGCUUCAUCCACAUAAAUGCAAGAUCAAAUCACUUAAUUAGAAAAUCACUUUUAUCAUGUUUUUAAAACUAUUUAAAAUGAAUAGAAAUAAACACCAAUAUCUACAAAGUAUUUCUUAAUAUCUAUUUAUAUAGAAGUAUACCAAUCAAUAAUAAACUAAAUACCAAUAAAAUUAAAGAACCUCAAUCUUCUAAAAAAUAAGAUACUCAUAUUUCAUUUGAAGAAAAAAGAUAAUUAGGAUAACAUAUACGUGAAUUACCAUAGGAACAUUUGAAAGGAGUUUGGGAAAUUGUAUAAUAAAGUGUUUAAAAUCAAGAAGCAGAAGAACUAGAAUUUGAUAUUGAUCAAUUACCACCUAAAGUUAUUCGUAAAUUGUAAGAAUAUGUUCAAUCUAAAUUGUAUCAUAUCUAAUUUUUAUUAUUAAUAGAAAAACUAAAAAAGUUAAAGUUGAUCCUUCAAUCAAUUACAGUUCCCAAAAAUCCAACAAUUAAGAAGAUAGUUCUUUUCCUUCUGAGUCCUCUGAUUGAGAUAUUAUCAAUAUUCAAAAUCUAUUAUUAAGUAUUCCG